AAACGUGUGCUAUUUGGUCACUGCAGGACUAACUUACAGCUAUGCGAAACGGCAUUUUUAAGCUAUUGCAACGACAGCUUUACACCUGUUUGUCGUCGCGCAACGGUUACCUUCUCUGCAUUGGAGCUCUUGUUCUUGUGUUAGUGUCUGGCUUUCAAUUUGGAGAGGUUGCUCUGGUAUGGAGCAUGAAUCAGUAUGCUGCUGUAUUCAACUCUUAUCAUGAUAAUAUUGCGGGCAAAUCGUUUCAAGACAGACUGUGUGCACCGAUUCCUAUUGAUAUUGUGUACACGUGGGUAAAUGGUACUGAUCCUGAGCUGCUGGAAGAGUUGAGUAAAGUCAAGCUUGAGUUCGAAGCAGAAUUGAAUAGAACAAGGUUAAGAGAAAGAAGAAAAAAGCUGGAAGAGGAACUACUAAAGAAUCAAACGAUAAAGUUAUUUAAUCAGUCUAGAGAGAAUAUAACAAUAGGAAGCCCUGUGGAGAAGACAAAGUUACAAAUGUUUCGAAGAGAUUCUGCUGCAAACACUGUUGUUUAUAGAUCAAACCAAACCGAUUCCAAGCAAUCUGUCACAAUCACUACAUCAUUGAAGGCAUCUUCUAAACAUGCAUAUGUGAAACGGAAAAACAAACGGAUUGGUUCUAGAGGAUUGAGAACAGUAGACAGAGCACAAAGGGAUGAAGUAAGACAGCGUUUUGAGGGAAAAGGUGUUAAAAUGCUUCAAUACAAAGCAAAGGAGAAAGGAAAAGAAACAGAUCAUAAGAGCAAUGGUGGGAGUAGGAAAGACAGAAAUGUAGAAGAAAUGAGUAAGGAGGUUGAUAAGAACAAUAAUGAGAAUAAGAAAGGGGACACCAAGGAAGAUAAUGGCAAAGAAGGUGAAGGAAAGGUUGACAAAGAUGUACAGUCAUCAUUCAAAAGAGUGGCAGAACAGGUAAUGAAAGGGAAAAGUGAGCAACUCGUGCCUGACAUGAAAUUGAAAUUGAAUGGAAAGAAUAGCAAACUUACCGACAAAGUUGGCAAUGCAACUGGAGCCAAUAAGUCUAAUGACAUUUGCCAAGGAAAACUGUGCAUCCCAGCAUUUGCUCUAUUAAUUGAGGAGGGACUCCCUUCAAACAUAUCUUUGAAACAGGUUAGAAGUAUUCAUCGGCACUUUGCUUCAGCAACUGAAGUUUUUCAAGUCACUUCUGUUGGUUCGCAUAUUGAGACAGCGACAUUUGUUCAAUUUCCGUACCAGAAAGCUGUAUUAGACGCUUCAAUGGUUGUUGUACCAUGGCUUAACAAGAAUCUAACAUCUACACUUGGAUAUCUGACUAAUGACACAGCACUACUGCACAGUGUUGUUCUGCAACAGUUGGUAUUAGUGACCAAUGUGCCAGUGAAUAUCACACAAUUGCAGCUGACUAGAGCAUUGGCAGGUCGCUUCAAGUCACAUGUUGUCUCUGUUACAUUGCACACAAAUUACAGUGUCGCUGUUGUGAAGUUUGACAAUGCUACAUAUAUCGAAACAGUUCUGAAAUUGCCAAAGGGCAAUGUAACUAUUAGGCAGCAGCCUGUUGUGUUUCAAGCCGCUCGUCUUGUGUGGAACCCUCUACUACCGACUGUAGCUCCAGGCAAGGAUGGCAAAACAGAAUUAGAGAAAGUCAGUGACAUAUUCUCUGCCAAUCGCUUUCAAGACAAUGAAGAAUUGCGGUAUUCAUUGCGAUCAGUUGAAAAAUUUGCUCCUUGGGUUAGACAUAUCUAUUUGGUAACAAAUGGUCAGAUUCCCUAUUGGCUUGAUCUUGACAAUCCAAGACUGACAAUUAUUACCCACAAUGAUAUCUUUUUGAACAAGUCACAUUUGCCAACAUUCAGCUCUCCUGCAAUCGAAUCGCAUAUUCAUCGAAUACCAGGAUUGUCAAAGAAAGUGUUAUAUCUGAAUGAUGAUGUGAUGUUUGGUCAGCCCGUGUGGCCAGAUGAUUUCUAUACUCAUUCCAAUGGUCAGAAAGCAUAUCUGGCGUGGCAGGUCCCUCACUGUGCUGAGGGAUGUCCACCAACAUGGAUAACAGACAAAUAUUGUGACAAGGCAUGUAACAAUUCAGCAUGUGAUUGGGAUGGUGGAGAUUGUACAGGUGUAUCUGCAAAAGCUUCUUCACUGUACAGAGGCUGGCAAGGAAUGUAUGGCGGCUUUCGAACAGAUCCUAGUCGAUAUUGUAACACUGGGUGUGCUGACUCAUGGAUGGGAGAUAGAUACUGUGAUUCUGCUUGCAAUGUGUUUGAUUGUGGAUUUGAUGCUGGAGACUGUGGAGUUGUAAACUUUGGAAAGUUAUAUGGCAUUGAUGUCACUGACGACAUUUCAACUGUCCAUCUUCCAUUAGGUCUCAAAUCUGUUUAUUUUAAUUUGAGCUCUGUCGUGGAAGGACGCAAGAUUACAGAAGGUGAUGUCACAAAGGCUGAUGUUGUUCGAGUGGCUGUCGUUGCACAGCGUUACAAGACUCUUAGUCUCGUGUUCCAUCCUCGGCAAAACUUGACUUUGCUGUCUAUCAGGGUGGUCUGUGAUGAAGUCAAUAAAACUAAGAUUUCAAUUCUCUUUAAUGUCACGGUUGAUACUUCCAUUACUUUACCAGUGGCAACGGUGGCUCCAACAACAGCGAUUUCUACAAAUAUAACAAGUAGUAAUGAAACAAUGAUGGUGCGGAUACAGAAUGGCACACAAUCAAUCAACUUUUGGAAUGAAGACAUUCCAGUGCCAAGGCAACCUGAACUGUUUAACACGUUGGAAUAUGCAGUGCCUUUAUUCAGAAAUGGCACCAUUUUUCCCUCUGAUGUUGCGUCUCAGCUGUCAAUUCUUCAGCAAGAGUACAAGAUAGGAGACUUGACUGAAAAGGGUUAUUAUCGUCGAAAAGCAAAGAUUUUAAAGGAGUUUAUAGAACGAAACCAGUCUGCAGCACAAAUGACCUUUGGAUCAGAACUUCCUAAAAUGACUGCGGUGGCCACUGUGCAUGCUCAUCAGAACAAUACGUCAAAACAGACGGGAGUGGAAGGAAAGAAAGCUGCAGAAGAAUCUAGAAUGGAGCCAGCAGGAAAGAAAUGGACGAAUGAUACAAGUGAACAUAAGGACAUGGAUAAGCUUCAGCCAACAUUGGACAGAGAGUUAAAACAACAUAGAAAAAUCUUAUGGAUCAGUAAUCUUGAUGGUCUUGUAGAUGAGGUAUAUGACAGUCAUCACAGAUGGAGUGAUACAGAUGAGGACUUAUUUGUAGCUAACUGGAUAGCUAAUACGAAGAGAAAACAGUUGCAGCUUUAUGAUGAACUUGAGAGAACAAAGAAGGAGUGGCUGGAAAAUCAUCCUGAAAGUCGAAGUGGUUUUAAAACCAGAGGUGUUUUUCCUUGGGAGAAACAGCAAAUUUUUGAUGAUGUAGUGGCAGAGAAACAUGCAGAUGAGACUUACACAACUUCUGAUACUGGACCUCAAAGGAAACUCAUGGAUGCUUUUGCUGAUUCCUUGAAAUACGUCAAUAGACUGUACAACAGAAAGUAUGGUUAUGUUGCUAGGAAGGUACCAGCUCAUUGUCCACACAUGAUUGAUAUUGAUGUCAUGGCUGAACUUCAGUUGAGAUUUCCAGAUGAGUAUGAAAAGACAUCUUCUCAUCAGCUUCGAGAUCCAGAAGAUAUGCAAUUUGCAUUCUCAUAUUAUUACUACAUGAUUGGUGAAACGCUUGAAUUUAAUCUGACUGCAGUAUUCAGUUCCCUUGAUACAGAUGGUUCAGGUAUCUUGUCGUAUCGUGAACUGAGAACUCUGAUGUCUAGGAUUUAUGAUCUCCCCAUAACACUGAAAGUGAUGGAGGAAUUUGAAAGGACAUUAUACAACUGCUCCAAGUCUGCAAACUACACUGUUCCAUUCGUUGAUGAGUUAGAUAUGGAAUACAACUAUGAUGAUGCUGUACCACUGGUGACUUUAGAGUUGCUGUCUCAGUGUCAGCCAAUUGUGGAACUACUAAACAAGACGUGUAGCACAGAGAAGAAAUUCAAAAUGGAAGUAUUGGGUGAAGAUGAUGUUGCAUUCAAAAUGAUAGAGGACAACAUCACAAAAACAGUCCAACAGCUCGACUGGAUCAGAAAACAUACAAGGAAGUUUAUUUGCUUGAAUGACAACAUUGACCACCGGAAGCCAGAUGCAGCAAUGGUGAAAGCUCUAAUUCGUGAUUUCCUUGAGUCACUGUUUCCAGAAAAAUCACAAUUUGAAUUACCCCUUGAGUACAGAAACCGUUUUCUUCAUAUGGAUGAACUCAAUGAAUGGAGGAAACAAAGAGAUCUAAUUCAUUUCUGGACUCAUGUUGCAUUUGCUUGUAUCCUGGUCAUCACGCUUGCAUCUCUCUGUGUUGGCCAGCUAAAGCAGUUGAGGCGCAAGUGGCAUAAUUUUGUUACCAGGCUACGAAGACGAGGAGGAAGAGGACAGUUUGUAGCAGUCUAGGUACAUAUAUAUAUUGACCAGAGUUUACAAUUUACAGUGCAAAAAUGGAAUAUCUGGUUUUUAAUUAAUUGAUAUUAUAACUACCA